ACAUAGCCCUCACUGGCAAUGGGCUUUAACAAGGAUGCGGUCUGUGUAGGAACAGAGAAAAAGUGUUCCGAGGGGGGAAAAAACAAGAAUCAGAAGGUUUGAAAUGUUUUGAGUUGGUGCGAUGUGCUCUCCGGAGCGCUUCCGAUCAGCGUGGGGCAUAAGGAGUGAGCAGAACCGGUGUUCUCUUCUGUUCACAGCAGCAACCAGUAGAUUCUGAGCAUCAGGUGAACAUUUCAUAUAGUAGCUGUAGCCUGCUUCUUCUUCUUUUACCCCGGGCUUCUAUACACUCCACUUUAACCACAGGGCAGAUGGGACGCAGAAAAACAACUAUGACCAAAGAAUCCGCGCCCUGACGCGCUCCGGUGCGUGCAUGCUGGACCGGUGAGUGUGUGGACUAGUAUGAAGCGCCAUGGCUUGGUGUGACCGCGGGGUUCAAACGCUGUUGGCCACUGUGGGGGCUUUCGCUGCCUUUAGCCUGAUGACCAUCGCCAUCGGCACGGACUACUGGCUCUAUUCUCGGGCAUACAUCUGCAACGGCACUAAUGCCACCACAGACGAGACACAACCACAACCCAAAAGUAAGAAGGGCGAUCUCACCCACUCUGGGCUGUGGAGAAUCUGCUGUAUCGAGGGCAUUAAUCAAGGCAGCUGUUACAGAAUCAACCAUUUCCCUGAUGACAACGACUAUGACACAGACAGUUCGGAGUAUCUGCUACGUGUAGUUCGCGCCUCCAGUGUGUUCCCCAUCCUCAGUACCAUCCUGUUGAUGCUCGGCGGGCUGUGUGUUGGGGUGGGCCGAGUCUACAACAAGACAAACAAUGUGCUCCUAAGCGCUGGCAUUCUCUUCGUAGCUGCAGGUCUGAGCAACAUCAUUGGCAUCAUCGUCUACAUCUCAAGCAAUGCAGGAGAUCCCAGUGACAAACGUGAUGAUGACAAGAAGUACACUUACUCCUACGGCUGGUCCUUCUACUUUGGCGCCCUCUCCUUCAUUGUAGCCGAAACUGUGGCCGUCCUCGCCAUCAACAUCUACAUCGAGAAAAACAAGGAAGUUCGCUGGAAGGCGCGGCGUGAGUUUAUCCGUUCACUCUCCUCCUCUUCUCCAUACUCAAGGAUUCCGAGCUUUCGCUACCGCCGGAGGACGUCGCACGCCAGCUCUCAUUCUACGGAGGCUUCCCGGGAGAACUCGCCCAUUGUUGGUCUGAAGGGGGCGGCAUCUUCCAGUGGGGCCCUGGAUGAGUUGUCCAUGUACGCCCUGGCAAGAGACAGCGUGACAGAGAACACGUACAGCCCUGAACAUGAGGCUGCUGCUGAGUUCCUCCAGGUCCAUAACUGUUUCCCCAAUGAUAUAAAGGAUGGGGUGAAUCGCAGGACCACACCAGUGUGAGCAGUAUUUUGUGUAGCUCAAAGUUUACCAGAUGAAGGACAGAAAAAGAAAUGAAUGAAUGACAAAGCGUUGGGCUAACCUGCAAGAGACUGAGCACUUGUGACAACCUGGCAUUUCACAGAGAGAGUGUCCACUUUGAAAAGGACCCAAGAAAGACUGGAGGAUGCUUUAUCAUCUGCUUUUAGAGAAUAUUAAAGCAGAAUACAGUUAAUAUUGUAUGUGCUGUAGCCAGUCCAACAUUAGCAUUAUCUUUCAACUGUGCCAAAAUUCUUAUAUGAGCAGUGUGUCAAUCGCAAAUGAUAUUUGAGUAAUGGUGAUUGUGCUUCGUGGGUAAACCUGAGAGGGAAGAGAUGUGCCAUUCAGCAGUAUUCUGCCCACAAAUUAAAUACCAAGGUGCUAACUGAUAUGUGCUCUUCACCAUAAAGGUGUUCCCUUUGUGUGUGCGCGUGGGUGAAGUUUCUCUUCAUUGCUUUCUGACAGGCAGGAUCUGUGAGCCAUGGUUAACAUUUUGGAAACAAAGAUAUUUUCUUUUAUGUCUGAUCCUGUAGUUUUGUUGCAUAAACCUAAUCAAACAAUGAGUGAAAACUGAAAAAAAGGUAUAAGUAAAAAGAGUUCUUUCCCUAAAGAUUUCUGCCACUGCAUAUAAGCGUGGCUCUUUUUCAAACUUUGCAUUGUGCCCUCAUACUUAGUUCUGCUCUAUACUUUAAUUGUGGGUUUGAAUGAGAAAGUUUAUGUACUGUGUCUUUAUGAAACAGCUCAGUUGUAAUGUAUACAGUGUUUAAUAUUUGAGUAGUAGAUUGUGCAAGUUAGAAAGGUAGCAAGGGUUUUGCCUCCCUUGCCGUCUCCUCCUUUUUUCUUUCCUUAUUCUUCUCUGACAUUUGUCUGUGGAGCAAAAUGUCCUUUUCUUUGUCACUGGAGCACCUCUUUUCAAUGGUCCUUUUUUUUUUGCCUACUUCCAUAUCUGCCUGCGAUCCUUCCAUCACACCCCCUGAUGGAGGCUACAUUGUGUAUGUGCCUGUCACAAAAGAAGAGAAGCUGACAAAAAAGGGCUGCCCAGAACUGUGAAAACAGCACAGGUCAGGACUUCCUUUAGCUCUGAAUGGAGUCUCGACAUCCAGGAGGAUCGGAGCCAGGCGGCAAAUGUGUGUCUGUCUGUCUGUCACAAAGCCUGGCAGUCCAUCUGCUAGCCCCCCACCUACCCACCCAGCCCGGCUUCUAUGUCAAACAGAGGCCCCAGACAGAAGCAGAGGGAGCUGAGUGGGUCCCUGGAAGAUUUGGCUAUAAUAACAAGAUAUGUGUGUUUCAUCUUGCAAGUCCUUCACUGCUCUUUCUUUUAGUUUCUCAGGAAAUACAGUGCAGUGUUGGCAGGUUGAACGCUUUUGAGGUCCUUGAAGAAAUGGACUGUUGAUAAAGAUAAACCUGAUUUAAAAAAAAAGACAAAAUGCUGUUACGGCAUUAAUUUAAAGCUGUGAGCGUUUGCUUGAACUUGAUCUCAGAGCCAGGUUUCUUUGGGAGUCGGCUCACUCAACCACAGAAUAGUAUUUGAUUGUAUUUAGUGCGCCUGAUAUUCCUUUAGAGAUAUCACUUCACAUAUCCAGCUGAGCACAUGUUAUAUGAAGCCAUCAGUAUGAUUUGUUCUGAGUGUAAAUCUUUCACUUUUAUAUUACAGUGUGGGGAAAAAUAUGUUUGUAAUGUAAAGCUGCAAAGUUGUGUAUAUAUAAGCACAGAGAAAAAAAGCUGAAUGUGCAGAGACAUGAACAGAGAUUCAAAGCAUUAUUUUACAGAACAACAAUAAUGCCUUGAUAAAUCUGGCAGUGGUUAUGUGUUUCAAUUGACCUUUUUAUAUUCAGAUAAACACACGCUGUUUUUGCUGUGAAUCUAUUACGUAUUCUGUUUUGUACGGUGAAGUGCAGUAAGUCUGUUUAGGAAGAGAAACUAUAUUUUCUAUUCCAUGUGUAUGAAGCAGCUGUACCUUACUGUAUGUGCUUAUGUUGAUUUAUGGCUUACUAUGGAUAUAAGCACAUUCUUUUUCUUCAUCAAGAAAAUUAACUGUAAACAUUUGAGGAUGGAUUUUCUGGAGGGAAGAGAGUCGGAUGAGCUGUUUUGUUUAAAUAGGCAGAGAAGAAAAAGUACAUUUCCAUGUUAAAACAACCAAACCGGCCACAAUAUCAUCACUAUUGUAAGGAUAUUUUCAGUGCCUUUGUUCGACGUAUAAUCUAUUGUAAAACCUGCUUUUAAUGUUCCAAUCAAAAAGCAUUUUUAUUUAAUCUGAAUGUACACUGUUUUUGUCUCUGCCACUUUUUAGGUACUACCCCAAACAUCACGUGUACAGAUAAAUAAACAAAAUCAGGGUUAAA